AUGGCCUCGCAGACAGGGGCCGUGACCACUGCUCAUGAGCACUCCAGUGCUCAGGCAAAUGGCAUCACCGAGAACCAUCAAGUCGACGCCUCGGCGUCCGAUCCCGCGCCCGCGCCCAUUGGCAAGAAACGUCAUAGCAAAUACCGUCAUGUCGCAGCCUACCAUGCACAGCUACGACACUCGAGUCUCAGUCGAGAUGCAGAGGUUACUCCCAGCUUUCUUGGAUUCAGGAACCUGAUGGUUCUGGUACUUGUGGCCAUGAAUCUUCGAUUGAUCAUUGAAAAUUUCAUGAAAUACGGCGUCCUGAUCUGCAUCAAAUGUCAUGACUACCGCAAGCAGGACAUCGUACUCGGAUCUAUCCUGUUCGCCCUCGUGCCAUGUCACCUUUUCCUGGCCUAUGCUAUCGAGCUCUCUGCAGCAGGUGCCGCAAAGCAGACCGUUGGCCAGCAAAAGAAGAGUGCUGAGGAAAAAGAGCGUGACCAGCAGCGCUUCCGCUCUACCUGGCGCUACACGGCUCUACUACACACCUUGAACGCGACCAUAUGCCUAGCCCUGACCAGCUUCGUAGUGUACUUUUAUAUUCACCACCCAGGUAUCGGGACUCUCUGCCAGUUGCACGCGAUCAUCGUGUGGCUCAAGAAUUGCUCCUAUGCAUUCACCAACCGUGAUCUCCGCCUCGCCUUCCUCAAUCCAUCCGCCGACCCCGGUCUGCCCGAGAUCUACGCGACAUGCCCUUAUCCCCGGAACGUGACGCUCAAGAACCUUGCGUAUUUCUGGAUGGCCCCGACUCUAGUCUACCAACCCGUCUACCCACGCACCGCCUCAAUCCGUUGGUCCUUUGUCGCGAAGCGGUUGGCAGAGUUCGUCGGACUGGCAGUAUUCAUCUGGCUUCUCUCGGCACAGUAUGCCGCCCCCGUACUGCGCAAUUCCAUUGAUAAAAUCGCCGUCAUGGAUAUUGCUUCUAUCCUGGAGCGCGUCAUGAAACUCUCCACCAUCUCGCUGAUCAUCUGGUUGGCCGGAUUCUUCGCCCUCUUCCAGGCUCUGCUGAAUGCCCUGGCGGAAGUGAUGCAAUUCGGGGACCGUGAGUUCUAUACCGAUUGGUGGAAUAGCUCCAGUCUGGGUGUGUACUGGCGGUCGUGGAACCGGCCGGUUUAUCUGUUCAUGAAGCGGCAUGUGUACUCGCCGCUCGUUGGCCGAGGCUGGAGUCCGCUGGCUGCAAGCGGUAUGGUCUUUUCACUGUCUGCUAUCCUGCACGAAAUGUUGGUGGGUAUUCCCACUCAUAACUUUAUUGGUGUUGCUUUCUUCGGUAUGAUGUUCCAAUUGCCCCUCAUUGCUCUUACGGCGCCGUUGGAGAAGAUGCGCGGUCCGCAGGGUAAGACGAUUGGUAACUGUAUCUUCUGGGUGAGUUUCUGUCUGGUUGGACAGCCACUGGGAGCACUGCUGUACUUCUUUGCAUGGCAAGCCAAGUACGGCAGUGUUAGUCGCAUGCGCGUCUAA